GUCCUCUCUCUCUCGCCGGGAAAAUGGUGAAUUACUGGAGCGCCAUUGCCUAUGGAGUUGGGGGCAUCGUAUUUGCAGGUAUGGCUUUGCUCGUUGCCUUGCAGGAGAAGCUCGUCUAUGUCCCCGUCGUUCCAGGCCUCACAAAAUCUUAUCCCAUAACCCCUGCUCGUCUUAAGCUCAAGUACGAGGAUGUUUGGUUAACAGCUUCUGACGGGGUUCGGCUCCAUGCUUGGUUCAUCAAGUUCCUUCCAGAUUGCAGAGGUCCAACCAUGCUCUUUUUCCAGGAAAAUGCUGGCAAUAUUGCCCACCGACUUGAGUUUGUUCGCAUUAUGCUGCAAAAAUUGCAAUGCAACGUGUUUAUGCUAUCAUACCGGGGAUAUGGGGAAAGUGAUGGUUACCCUUCACAGCAUGGCAUUACCAGAGAUGCACAGGCAGCAUUAGACUAUCUGUGUCAGAGAACUGAUAUCGACCCAACAAAAAUAGUUAUUUUUGGGAGAUCUCUUGGGGGUGCAGUUGGAUCUGUACUUGCGAGAAACAACCCUGACAAGGUCUCUGCCUUGAUAUUGGAAAAUACAUUUACUUCUAUACUAGACAUGGCUGGAGUUGUACUUCCCUUCCUGAGGUGGUUCAUUGGGGGAACAAGUAAAGGCCCAAAGGUUCUCAAUUUCCUUGUCCGCUCUCCUUGGAAUACUGUUGAGGCUAUUGGUGAGAUCAAACAGCCAGUUCUAUUCUUAUCUGUGCAAGAUGAGAUGGUUCCUCCAUCUCAUAUGAAAGUGCUUUAUGAAAGUGCAUCCUUGAUAAAUUCAAGGUGUCUAUUUGUUGAAUUUCCAAGUGGCAUGCACAUGGACACUUGGUUGUCCGGUGGGGAUCGCUAUUGGAGAACGAUUCAGCUCUUCUUCGACCGAUAUCUCUUAGAGAAUCAAGAGAGUGACUCGAACCGAACAGAUGACACAAAGAAUGGUAUGAGAUCGUAA